AUGAAAGCGCAAAGAGCAGAACCGGUGAUUCACAACACCCUCGGCUCUACGCUCCACCUACCCUUCCUUGCCUCCUCAUCCAACGUCUCCUCAGCCACAGCAGGAAAUGGUGGUUCUGGACAUCCACGGCAGGCCACGGGCGGAGGGGGUUUGAGGAGACCGCAGAGCGUGAUGUCGUUAGGCGUUAGCUCUCGCGCAGCGCCGACGGUCACGCAUAUUGCGAGAGCAUUGACGUCUUCCACCUCUGUGAAUCGUCCGAAGACUCUUCCGUGCGAGACGCAGGUGCUCGCAGCGCUGCUUGUGCCUUUCCUAGGGCCGCAUAGCAACGAGCAGGUUUCUGUGGAGCAGCAGACUGCGGUCGAGACGUUCGAAUACGCCAUUAGGACGUGGAAAGCUGCGUCGCACGAGGCCGAGUUGGAUCGCUGUAUAUGGUGCUGCAAAGCUGCGUCUGUCUACUCUAGGUCGCGAAUGCGCAUCCUUGGUAGCCUCUCCAAUAUCCUGUUCUCUCGCGACCGGACAUUCCAAGUCGAGACGCCUGCGAUCCUGCAGACGUUGCUGCAAUGUCUCUUCUCUCUUCUAGUGGUCUUAAGAUCAUCACAAGACUCCAGGCAAGAAGCUGACGCUGUUGCGGCGUACAUCGUUGGCAUCAAGAGCGGGCAGAGUGGAACACCUAGUCCACAGGCGCUGGAGAAGGAGUACGGGGUCCGACAUAAAGGGGACAGCGACGAGCAUGUGAGGGAGAUCAUCGCGGCGGAGAGCGUGAUAGGCUGCCUGGAGGUUGGCUCAGAGGUGUUGAGGAGAUGGACAUUACAUAACCUUGUUGAAGAGCAUUGGACAUCCUCCGACUCACAAAUGCUUCUUUCUCCCCUCCUCACGACCAUGACCUGGCGCAAACUGAGGACGUUCGUCAACUCUUCGGUAUCCUUGCUCCUCAAUGGAUCGCUCGACCCACGUCAGAACACCUACGACGCAGACGUAGUCAUACACCUCUUGCGUACCCGUAUUCUACCAGAAGUCGAGGCGAUGCAAGACGACGCAUUCGCGGUCGUAGGCGAGAUUCAGAGCAGCAUCAUCCGGCUGGUGCUGGAGCUUCUGUGCAUACGAGGGACCAGCGAACGUGAGUGGGUGAUGCUAUACUUCUCGCACUGGGUCCAGGAAGGCGGUAAGUGGCGCGAGAGCGUCGAACGCUCCCUGCAGAACCUUAUCGGCCAGGGGGAAUGGCCUACCAUUCUGCGUCUCAUGCCCAUCCUUGAAGAGCUUCCCGAAGACAUUCGGGUGUCUCUGAUCCCUGAUCUUCUGCCCGCUAUCAGUGACCGAUUGACACGAGAUCCCCCGGAACGUUCUUGUGCACCACUCUCCGACUUCCUCGAUUCCGCAGCGAUCAGCUGUCCGAAAGCGUUCUUCAAGCCGGUCUUCGGUUGUGCCGCAUCGAUGAAGGAUCUCACGAUUGCGAACCAUCUCUGCUCCCUCUACUCAGUCGCGCGCUUCUACCCUGGAGUCUGGACGCAUAAUCCCGAAAUGAUGUCCGUAGCGAUAAUGAUGGACCCCACUGGUUCGCGCAAGGUUACGGAGCCUACAGGCGCGGCCCCGACUCAAGGGAGGGUGCGAAUAGGACAGAUGGUGAUUAUGGUGGAGUUACUACAUCAUUUGCGGAGGAUGCGUCAAUUGAAGGACCCAGCUGCGUUCACUGUCACCCACAAGUUUGUGGUCUCGUUAGAAGCGAGACUAGGCAUGCUGAUUGAGGCCAAGGAGCAAACUACCUUGAUCCCGGCCUCUCAGAGACUGCUAUUCUGCGCGCUCUUCCGGGAAUGCAGGCUGUUCACGCGCUCUCUCAGAAGUGCCGCGUGGCUACCAUCUGUAGUCAAUUGGACGUCAUCAUAUCUCUUCGAUGCGAACACCGAUCCUGACCAUGAGUUGAACGAGGACGAGGCCGUCAGCACAUUGUCUAAGUUGAUCGCGCUCUACUCCCAAGCCAAGGCUGGUCUGGGUGGCGGUGGCAAGCGUCGUACUACUGUUGUUGGUCCCACCGGCGUCGACACUCAGCAGGGCAAGACGGCCUCUCAAAGCGGUUCUAUCGACGCUUAUCAAGAUAGUUUCGAUUCCCGAAUUACAAUGCUGCAAUCCCUGGUCGAUAGACGUGUCAGUACCGCGCUAGAUCUGCUCGUCACGGUCUCUGGCCUACUGCAACCGGACGAUUACAUGCGUCUGGGUCCGAUUCUGUGGUACAAGCACCUGGACAACCCUGAGCCGCACGUGAUCGCACCUACCUGUUUCCUUGUCAUGCAAUGCGCAGAGAAAAUCCCUACAGAGUUUUCCGCGCUCAUCAAUCAGGACCUAUCGAGUGCAGAAGUCUCUAUGAGGCGCCAUGCGGUUCAGCGGAUGGCGACUAUGGCGAGCUGGCGUUUCCAGCUUCUGUCACAAGAAGUAAUACUCGAUAAGAACUAUCGACGACCUUUUAAAUUGACAAGACCACCGGUCCUCUUCGUCCCGACGGAUAUUGGAAGCAACCUCUUCGAGCUGGAAGAGGAUCCCAACGAUUUCAAGGACAGCAAAGGUCACGUCCUUCCUUUGGAGCUCCGCAGACGACUCAACGAGGUUGGAUGGGCGGAAGAGCGAGGUGAAAUGGACCCAAAGACGGAGUGGAUCAAGACGCCAAUGACACGCCUUCCGACACAACAGCUAGACUCUUUGAGCUCGUCACCCGAUGCCGCUGCCACUACCUUCCAGUCCCAAAGUCCUAGCCCGAGCCCUGAGCCGUCCCCUACGCGAGCUUCUCCACGGGAAUUGCCAUUGUCCAGAAAGGACUCCUCUGUGGGUCAGUCGCGUGCGAAGCGACGUCCGGUCUUUGUCGCUACUCUAGUAGGAUUCUUCCCGAAGCUAGCAGCGAUGGUCAAGGAUAGCGACUUCGUCGUCGCUAAUACUGCACGCAAUCUAGUGCUCGACCUAAUGCGCGAUGAUCCUCAGCUGCUCUGUAGAUCUGUGUUUCAUGAGCUCUCCGGGGACGCUACUGGAAUCAUGUCUGCUAUCACCACUCUACGCAAUUUCCUUCACUGCGAGUUCGCUUUACCUCCGGGUGCUGCUCAUCACAUGCUCAACCACGUCGUCGGCUUCCUGAAAGGCCUUAUGCGCCAUACGGAGAGCGUCGAUCCACUGCUAGGCUUCGGUUAUAGCUCCCCCAUUGUCGCCAAACUUGCUCCCCAGGUUAGCAAGAUGUCAAUGCGCGAUAUACGACGAGCAAAGGUGGACACGCUACUGCUUCCAUCGGGAUCACUGUGGUGGAACGAUGCUCCGCAGCCUGGACCUAUGUUUCCACGGUCGUUGGAGUCCAACUACGAUCCCUUCGAUGCCCUUCCAGCUCCAGUGGUAUGGGUCACUAUGGUUAGGACUGCGCAGAACAUGGUGUUCCUCAAUCUGCUUCGGCAAAAUGCUCAGGAUGUCAAGAUCUUCCGGAAGAAUCUCACGACACUUGUCUUGCCCAUUCACUUUGACGACCUGCACCAGAACUCUAUCCCUCUGACUGCAUACAUACCUGUCCAGGGGCUUCCACCAGCACCAACUAAUCCAACACUGAUAGCUCUAUCCCUUACCCUGGCACGUAGUCAUCUGCUCCUACUUCACCAGGUUUUCCGGUCCAUGUCCCGCCAUCUCAACGAUCGAGAAGAGCUAGCGUUACUACUGGAUGGACUCAAUCGGAUCAUGCUUGCCCAUGGUGACGACGUUGGCAUUGUUUCUCAUGCGAUGCUCAACUACUUGAUCGCAAGUACUCGUUUCAGACGGCUCUUCACUUCCGGAGGCGGUUACACGAUGUUCAUGCCAGCGGUGAUCAAGGUCUACUGCGAAGCCGCGUCUCAACCUACUAUCCGGGCGGUGAUCGAGUUCGCCGUCAAUCGUUUCUUCGCACUCCACCAAGAAUCCUUCAUCUUCCAGACCUGUGAUGUGAUGUCAAACGUCAUCGCCUUGCCAGGUGUCGACGGAUCUUACGUAUGCCGAAACAUCUUCGCUCUGCUCGCCACCUUGAAGAACAGCGCAUCACAGACCAACAGCGAGGUUUCUGCACUCAGUGCGCUCACCAAGCUCGAGGAGCAGGAAGCAAUUCUAGUCACAAUCGCGGAGAAGGUGCCUCAAGUGUUCCUCGCCUCGGUACAUCGCAGCGCACAGGACAAGAAUCAAUUGACGGUGGACGUACCAGAUGAGUUCGAUAGCAAGCGGUUAAGUCUCGACGAUCUCGUCCGACUCUUCCUUACUGUCAUUGCCCAUAACCCGACAAUCCUACGAGCACAGCAGUUCCUCCGCUUUCUCAUGUUCCUGUCGCCGCAUCUCUACCACGCUUCGGCUUCAGCUCGCUCUGUCCUCAAGGAUGGAAUCAGUGCGCUUGCCUCCAUCCUCCUCAACAAGGGCAUCGCGAAACCGAAGACGUCCGAAGGUGCCUCUCUAGUCGACGAGCUUGGUUCGAACGCUGUAUCGCAGACCGGGCUGAAUCAGGCCAACCUCCCUCAAUCUUCUGUUCCCAGCGACCUCUUGGCGAUGCGACUGGAUCUGCUUUCCCUAGUCGUCGGCUACACAAAGGCGGGCGGUACGCUGUCAGCCUUAGCAUCGCAGCGGGUGUUAGAAGUCGUGAAGGUCAUACUCAAGGAUUCGAAGUCAAGCGUCCUACGUGUUGCGGAGUUCCUCGCAGACUAUGUUCGUGCGAUACUCAUACGUCCUGUGCAUCCUGAGUUGAAACAGGUCGUCACGCUUCUUUCGGAUGUCGCCCCGAUCAUAUCAUCCUACUCUACUACAGUCGACUUCUCCGGUGUCUUUGACGUCGUAACGUCCCUGGCCUCCGAUACAGUCUUCGCCAACCAGCCAGCCUUUUCCCGAGUUUUGGUCAACCAAUACUGCAGCGCGGGUCUGGAAGCAUGCGAAGUAGCGGCAUCGGAGAACCUGCUGUGGACCUUGACUGUCCGAGGUAGCAUCCUCGAUCUCUUGGACAGGUCCUUGCUUGUGAUUGGUGCAGAUGUGAUGUCAGAACUGGAGAAACGCGAGCCAACGUACGAGUUCCUGUCCGGCAUCAUCUUGCCCUUUGUUCUGCGCAUGAAGGCGACAGUAGAGAUAGCUAGCAACAGCCAGUGGGCGGACAAGUGGCGACGGGACGUCUAUGCGCAAGCAUGGCUGCGGCUCAUCGCGUAUGUUCUGAACGUGAUCCAGCGCGCAGACUACAUUCGCCCUGACUCACGGAACAUUAUACCUGGCCUUGAUCGUCGCAAGUCAACGGAUAGUCGGUCACUUUCCUCCACGCCAGACCCGAAGCCAGCCAUGGCCCUCGUCGUUGCCCUGCAAAUACUGAAGGUGAUCACAACUCGCGCUGAGCAAGAGCUUUCUACUGUGUUCCCCUCCAUAUGGGGGCAGAUCGGUGAUGUUUUGAAGGAGACCCUUGCGGACGGAGACGCAGGGUUCGCAAUCCCUUCUCGCGGCGGCUACUCGGAACCACCAUCACCAACGCACUCACCUCGCACGAGCUCUUUCAACAUCGGUGCAGACGACGGCAACCCCUUCCUCACCCCUUCCAUGGCACCCUCUGCACACCGCACGCGCGCCGAGCGCCGCCCUCGCAUCAUUGACUACAUGACCUGGUCGCUCAUCGAGUGGCUCUGCCUCCGGCGCACCCCCCUCGCGCUACAAAUGCGUGUCUUCAUACAAGAGAAGGUCGCGCUUCUGCACCAGGAGCUGAUCGUUAACGGCGCAGGGAACCAGAGCCUCGCCGCGAGCCCCAUCAUCAGCGCCAUGGGCAUGCCCUCCGGCGGGCUUAACACCCCCUUAACUGCGCGUGGCCGCAAUCGGCCUGUCUCAAACAUCUUCUCUAAGCCGCGGCGGAGCUUCCUGAGCGGUGCAGACCCUUCAAGCGCAGUGUCGACCCCGCGCAGCUCGACGCUCUUCGCCAACGCCGUGUCGCUCCCCUCGUUCGACGAGUUCGGCAUGCAGUCUUCAACUCCGCGCAAGGAAGACGGGCCUGGGCGCCAGGCCGGGUACCAGCUCAUGCCCUCUCCACUGACACCCUCCCGCCGCGCGGCGCGCGAGUCCGGUCCCAAGAUUGUACACCUUGGACCUGUCCGCCCGCUCUCGCCCUCAGGGGGCGGACCGCGCCGUUCGUUCUCCCCCAGCGGGCAGCGCAGUGGAAUCGGGAGUUCGCGCAGUGCGCUCGCGCUCGCCCGGGAGAUGGUCGUGGAGUCGCCGGUGCUGGUGCGCAUGACGGUGCGGCGGAUCCGCGUGGCGCAGGCGAUGCUGGGCUAUCCGCUCCUGCCGCUUGCGAACGUGUCGUCGAUGGACUCAUCGAUGACAGACAUGAACGGCGAGCUCGCAGAGACAGAGGGCCUGGUGAAGGCGUGGUCGCGGGCGGAGGCGGUGGAGAUGCUCAUGCAGGAGACGAAGGACUUGAUUGAGGAGUGGCGGGACGACGAGGAGCUGGACGGGAUCGGGGACGAUAGUGGGAUUUUGGUGGACUUGGAGGAGCCCCGGAGUCCGCUCUCAUAG